CUCACGGCACCCGCGCGUCGUCUUUGGUCUCCGUUGCCAUGCCAACGGCGCGGUCACGUGGAGCCAUUCGUCUCUUCCGCUAAGAGGCAGCUUGCUCGCCACUCUGCCAUGGUCAUGGCGUGACUAAUUUGUGGUCGCGAGGAGACGCAGCGCGUGAGACGCAAGAAUUUGAGUCUUUGGUCGUCAGCGUCGUCACAUCGAGGAAACAUGGCGGAACUCUACGCCUUUCUUGCUGACGAAGGGGUCAGCGACAGCGAAUCUUCGCGACAUUUUCGUGAACACCGCGAUGCCUUCGACAGCAGUGUGACAGAAGAGGAGUUCAUCGGCCAUUUUCGGUUAUCGAAGGCUGCUGCCCGGGAGGUGUGCGACGCCGUUGCUGAUGACUUACGCCGAUCCCAGCAGUGGCGCAGCACAACUCUGUCGGUGGAGCAGAGGGUCCUGAUGGCGCUCAGAUUUUAUGCAACAGGAGCAUUCCUGGACAACAUCGCCAGUGAUGAAUUCAUCGCCACUACAAAGCGCCCGGUCUCCGAGGCUAUCCAUGCUGUCAGCCUAGCCAUAAUAAAAAAUUUGGGACAGAGAUAUCUGAAGUUCCCGGCAUCCACAGAAGAGAAGGUGGCCAUCAAACGGGACUUCUAUGCCAUAGCAGGGAUACCCGGAUGCCUUGGUGCAAUUGACGGUACUGCAAUAGCCAUCAUCGCCCCGAGUCGCAGUGACCCCCGCUUUGUUGAUGGGAAUUAUUAUUCCCACAAGGGAUACCAUGCCCUCAACGUGCUAGGGAUCUGUGAUGCCAAUCGCAGAUUUCUCCACAUUGACGCCACGUACCCAGGGAGCUGCCACGACUCCUCAGUGUGGAGCAUGUGUGAAGUCCGUCUGCGAGCACCGACGACAUUUGCUGAGGGCGAGUGGCUGUUAGGAGAUCUGGGGUACCCUCUUGAACCGUGGCUCUUGACUCCUGUUCGUUCUCCUGCAACACAGAAGGACCAGGCAUACAACAAAGCCCACUGCAAGACCCGGGUUCGAAUUGAAAAGUGUUUUGGAGUUUUGAAGAUGCGCUUCCGCUGUCUGCAUCGCUACAGGACCUUGCACUUUGCACCUGACAGGGCAUGCAAUAUUAUCACUGCAUGUGCAGUUUUGCAUAAUAUGUGCAUUGACUACAAUUUGCAAGAUCCUGAACACGAAGAUGAAGGCUCCGAUCCCGAUCCUCCUGCUGCUCCCGAGGAUGAAUGGGAUGAUGUAGAGAGCAGUGCAUCACUGACUGCUCAGGCAGUGCACCGCAGGCAACAAGCUGUUAACACAUAUUUUUAA